AUGUUUGUGUUAAUGGGUAUCCUUGGUGAGGAAACAGAAUUUUACAGAGUAUGUCUUCGGAGCUACUUUAUUGUAAAAGAUGUUAUAGACGAAUCGUGCGAGAGCCCAGAUACACAAAGCACUUUGCUGGCCUACGAGCACUUAAAAGUCUCCAACGCAGAAAUCGCGUCUUUGCGACGGUUAGAAGGUGAAGCUCAUUGUUGCGUUUCUUCAAUCCGGAAACACAGAACUACAUGUGAGGUUAGAAAGCCGUUUGGAUGUACGCGUCUAAGGGACGGUCAAACACAUCAAAAUCGGCCUUACAAUGAAGUUAUGGGCCGACGAUUGGAACUUAACACUCCUGCAAUGACAUUUACUACAAUUUGUGAACAUGACCCCAUCAAUGGUUUGAAGUACCUGACUCCUUCGGUCUACCUCUUUUUGUAUAUUACGGAUAGUAUCGUGGUCAAAUCGGUCGCCAACUGCGUCUUAGCUUCCAAGCUUAACAAUGAAGAAGACCAUGAAGUGAUGAUUGCAAGAAAAGACAAAACUAAUGCAUUCAAUAUUUGA